AUCAUGUCCAACUGAAAGUUCAGAUUUGGGCUUCAAGACAAUGGUCUGGUGCGUUAGCCUGAGUGGCUAGUAUGUUCUUAAAAAUGACAGGCCCUCCUCCAUUCCUAAACCCGUAGCAAGCAGUGGAUCGAAAAUGAAACACUCGUCAAUCUUCAGAACCAUUUGCCACUGCACUCGUGAUGUUAAGCUCCUUUCCCGUCAUAAGCCAACCCCUGUCUACUUCCUAACACAGCAACUCUCCGGUGGUCCUUCCUUUUUUAUCCACAAUCGUUACUUCAGCGGCGAAAAUCCCAACCCUAAUUCCCCAAUUCCACAGCCAAAUUCGGAGCAAUUGGAUGCCGUGUCGUCCCUAGCCCCCGACCUCAGCAAUGAAGCGUUGAAGAAGAAGAUUGAGCGGCUCGUUGAGGGGGAUGGAGAAGCGAUUCCCGAAAUAUUUGAAGCCAUAUUAAAGAGGAAGCUAAGCGGUAAAAGUGACGAGGAAGAUGAGGAGCUGAUGAAAUAUAUUCGCAGCAAUCCUAAACCCGACCGGGAAAGCCACUUUGACUGUAGUGAUGAAGAGUUUGAUUAUAGUAGCGAAGAGGAUGACGAAUUACACUGAGUAGAAUUCUCAGAAAAAUGUUUUAUCAAUGUCGGGGUUAUUAUCUGAUGAUGAUGAUCGGCUCUUUCUCAUGCCUUGAAAAGUUAUUUGAAGUCUCUGGAUUUAUUAUUAUUUCAUGAAACAAACUACUUACGAGUAUAUGUGAAAUAUUCCCUUCCUACCGAAAUGUUUUUAGAAAUGCUUUCGUUUUGAGUUGUCUCAAAUUAAUUUUCCUACUUUUGUUUUGGGAUAACUCUUUAUAUGCACAUCUUAAUUCUUAAAUUGCAUAUAAAAAUAUCAGGA